UUGUCUUUGUGUAAAGGAGUGGAGCUCGAUCUCACAUCACUCUUCCCUCUUCCCCGAGUCCUUUCUCAACUCUCCCCCGGGUUUCUACCCUCCCGAACCUCUCCUCUCCCCUUCUACCCUUACAACCCCAACCCUCCCCCCGAUCUCUUACCAGCACACUAAUCAGGUUCAUCAAGACAUUUGUCUAAUGGAAAACCAGAGCCAUCUCGGUGACCAAAGACCCCAGUUCUGUACUGACGCCCAGGUUGCAGUUAUGGACUCCGGUGUGAUUGAAGGAGGGCUCAAUGUCACCCUUACCAUUAGGCUGCUCAUGCAUGGCAAGGAAGUCGGAAGUAUAAUUGGAAAGAAAGGUGAAUCUGUGAAGAAGAUGAGAGAAGAGAGCGGGGCUCGCAUCAACAUCUCUGAGGGCAAUUGUCCAGAGAGGAUAAUUACUUUGGCAGGUCCAACCACCGCCAUCUUUAAAGCAUUCUCCAUGAUCAUUGAAAAGCUUGAAGAGGACAUAAGCAGCUCAAUGACAAACAGCACAGCAACCAGCAAGCCCCCAGUGACCCUACGCAUUGUGGUGCCUGCCAGCCAGUGUGGCUCCCUCAUCGGGAAAGGUGGCUGCAAGAUCAAAGAAAUUCGAGAAUCAACUGGUGCUCAGGUACAAGUGGCAGGCGACAUGCUCCCCAACUCCACAGAGCGAGCAAUCACCAUUGCUGGUACCCCCCAGUCGAUAAUUGAGUGUGUGAAGCAGAUCUGUGUGGUCAUGCUUGAGUCUCCCCCUAAGGGGGUCACUAUUCCCUACCGACCCAAGCCUUCAGGAUCCCCUGUCAUCUUCGCAGGAGGACAGGCAUAUGCCGUACAAGGACAGCACGCGAUUCCACAGCCAGAUUCUUCCUCUGCUGCUAUCUCUCCACAGCUCACCAAGCUUCACCAGCUGGCCAUGCAGCAGAGCCCCUUCCCCAUUGCACCAAGCAACCAGGGAUUCACUGGGAUGGAUGCUUCUGCUCAAACCAGUUCUCAUGAGAUGACCAUUCCAAAUGAUCUUAUUGGGUGCAUCAUCGGCCGCCAGGGAGCCAAGAUCAACGAGAUCAGGCAAAUGUCGGGCGCCCAGAUCAAGAUUGCGAAUCCAGUUGAUGGAUCGACUGACCGCCAGGUCACCAUCACUGGCUCGCCUGCCAGCAUCAGUCUGGCGGAGUACCUCAUCAAUGCCAGGCUUUCCUCUGAGGCCACAGGACUGGCAGCCAACUGAUAGACACUGCAUCUGCACUAAAUCUCACUUUUAUAUCAUCGGCCACCAUAAAGCAGUCAAUGCAACUAUCCAACUUAAGAGUUUAUAUAUUAUGCUGCCUCUUCCUCAUUUGAAAUCAUGUCAACCACCACUGAUUUGAUCUGCUGAGUUCAUUAUUUAUUUCAUUUGUUUUGGUUUUAGUCAAAAUAAGCAAACAAUUAGGUUUUUAAUUCCCAUUUUGAGUAUAGUUGGAGGUUUUAAUGAUUUAUUACUUUUUUAUUUUUUUUCAAUGGUUUCCCUCUAUCUUUUUUUUUUCUUCUUCACCAUCACAGAGGAGUAGAGUUUGAAAACUCUGAAUAGGCAUAUAGAUUUAGUUCUGUACAGUCAUUUCUUUUCUUUAAAAGGAAAAAGACAAAAAAGGAUAAAAUAAAAAAAUUAUCAAAAAUGA